AUGCUCGCAGUGCCCGCAACAGUUCAGGCAGGCGGGCGCGCUCAAGCGGCAUCACGCGACGUCUAUAUACAGCUUCACGUGACGCUACACACGGGGGAGAAGCCGCACAAAUGCUCGCAGUGCCCGCAACAGUUCAGGCAGGCGGGCGCGCUCAAGCGGCAUCACGCGACGCUUCACGUGACGCUACACACGGGGGAGAAGCCGCACAAAUGCUCGCAGUGCCCGCAACAGUUCAGGCAGGCGGGCGCGCUCAAGCGGCAUCACGCGACGCUUCACGUGACGCUACACACGGGGGAGAAGCCGCACAAAUGCUCGCAGUGCCCGCAACAGUUCAGGCAGGCGGGCGCGCUCAAGCGGCAUCACGCGACGGUGCACCUGGGCAUCGACACGCGCGUGCAGUGCGCGCAGUGCGGCAAAUACUUCUCCACGCCAUCUACGCGGAAACUGCACGUGAACACAGUGCAUCUACGUUUGCCGCCGCCCAAGCGACGGCGGCAGAAGGAAUGA